AUGGGUGCAUCUGUCGAUGUUGGCUCUAUCCAGUCACUGUCAUCGCUCGCAGAAAACGACGCAAGGGAAAAAAUUGAAGCCAUCAAUGCUAGUCUUCAAACUCAGUCAAAAUUUGACGCCAUCGAUCGCCGUUCACGUGAAGAAAUUGUUAAAUUUAUCGACGAGGAAGUCAGUAAGAAGCCAUCUCUUGUAGCUCCAGUUCUUGAAUUUCUUCGCAUUCUUGCACGCGACAAGUCCUCGCUUGAUCUGCUGCUCACAGAAUCGGUUCGCCUUUUCAUUAUACGAGCCAGCGGUCUUGACAGCACCUCAUCAUCAUUUGUACUCAAAGAUGUUACUGAAGCGGAUAAAUGUCUAGUCAACACCCUGUUCAAUUCGGCUGUGAUGCGCCAGACAUUUGAGUCAGUUUUUUAAUU